AUGCGUAAAGGCUAUACGCCCAUACCGCAAUAUGAUCAGGCGGGAAAUCCCAUCGCCGAGGAUAGUCAUCCAGCAGUGACCUUGGAGCGUUUCAAGAUGUGGUGUGCCCAAUUGACAAGUCGAGAUAAUGACACCACCACCAGAGAACCUCUCUUGCAUGAAAAGAUGCCAUUCUCCGCACCAACACCACCCUCUCGACGCAAGUCGUACUUGUCUCGAUCCCUCAAGCUUGCUAUUUCACUCGCCUUGUUAACAUCCACUGCAUUAUUUGCAAGUCGAUUCACCAUGAUGUAUAGCUUCGUCUCGAAAUCAAUGCCUGUGGAUGAUGCUAUGGGAUUGAUGAAGGCAUUACCAUCCAGCGAAUACAUUCGUGGCUUUUUCCAUGAUUAUGCAUCAGUGACCCAUUUAGCUGGCAAGGCCAAUGAUGAAGCUCAAGCCCAAUGGACACGUGACAAGUUUAUCGAGUUUGGCAUUCAAGACACCAAGAUUGAAACGUAUUAUCCCAUGCUCAAUUAUCCUGUUGAGCGCCGAUUGGCCAUUGUCAAGGGACCUGAGCACUUGUUGUAUGAAGCCAAGUUGCAUGAAAAACCCACUGCUGAAGAUUCCAUGGCUGGCAAUGAAGCCACUCCUACUUUCCACGCUUACUCUGCCAAUGGCAAUGUUACGGGCCCUGUGGUGUAUGUCAACUAUGGUCGCAUUGAAGAUUUCGAAUUGCUUGCAUCCCGAGGACUCAACUUUUCAGGCACCAUUGCAUUGAUGCGUAAUGGACUUACUUCGCAUGGCGUCAAGGUCAAGGCUGCUGAAAUGUUUGGUUGUGUUGGUGCACUCUUGUACUCUGAUCCUGCUGAUGAUGGCCCACUCAACAAGGAAAGUGAGGAAGGCAUUCCAGCUGAAGCUUAUCCACGUGGCCCAUGGCGUUCAGCAUCCUCGGUGGAACGCAGCACUGUACAUUCACUUAGCGUUAUGGCAGGUGAUCCUCUCACACCAGGCUAUGCUGCCACUGAAAACGCUACUCGUAUCCCACUUGAAGAAUCAAAUGCUGUUCCACGUAUCCCUUCUUUGCCCAUCUCAUGGUCCGAUGCCAUGCCCUUGCUUAAGGCUACUGAGCAUUUUGGUUUACUCUCUGAUCAAGAAUGGCAAGGCGGUCUCAAGGAAAUCGCUUACUUUACGGGUCCCAGUGAAGCUCUUGUCAACCUUGUCAACGUCAAUGAAAACAAGAUCACUCCUAUUUGGAACGUCAUUGGCCGCAUCGAAGGCAAAGAAGAACCUAACCGUGCCAUCAUUAUUGGUAACCAUCGUGAUGCAUGGGGUUAUGGUGCUGUUGAUCCAUCCUCUGGUUCAGCUGUCAUGCUUGAAUUGGUACGUGUCCUUGGUGUCUUGAUGGAACAAGGCUGGCGUCCACGUCGUACUAUCAUCGUUGCCUCUUGGGAUGGUGGUGAAUAUGCUCGUGUUGGUUCCACUGAAUGGGUCGAAGAUAACAAGGAUUGGCUUUCCGAUGAAGCUGUUGCUUACAUCAAUGUCGACUCGGCUGUGAGCGGUCCUAAUUUCCGUGCUCGUGCUUCACCUUUGAUGCGUCAACUUAUUUUCGAAGUUACCAACAACGUGGUGGAUCCCUUGACAAGCAAGACCGUAUUGCAAGCAUGGAAGGAUCGUAUCAAUUCGAUGGCUGAUGAUGAAGAUGAAGAAGAGCAAGAACAAAACGAACUCGCUUUGGGCAUGAUUCCACCCAUCAAUGCUGCUUCCGAUGAUGUGGCGUUUGCUCACCAUUUGGGUAUCAGCAGCAUGACGCUUAACUUUUUCGGUGAUUACGGCGUCAGGCACAGCAACUAUGACAGCAUUUACUGGAUGGAACACUUUGGUGACCCUACUUAUGAAUACCAUCGUACCAUGGUGCGUCUAUGGGGCAUGAUGUUGUUGCGCUUGUCGUCGGAUUGGUUAUUGCCCAUGCAUCCCAUCGAGUAUGCCAAUGAAUUGUCUCGCUAUGCAACCCAUAUCAGUGACAUGCAAGGCUGCCUUGCUUUGCCAGACUUGUCAACAGCUGUUGCAUCGCUUCAAGAUAAGGCACGCCAUUUUGAACACAAGCUUCGCAAAUACCAACACAAGAUCAACAAGGGCAAACACAACAAAAAGCUUCGCAAGCAUGUAGCCAAGUCCAAUGAACGUCUUGCUCAAUUUGAACGUGCCUUUAUUGACCCAGCUGGUCUUCCUGGUCGCGAGUGGUACAAGCAUGUUGUCUAUGCACCUCAUAUCUGGAACGCUUUCAAGAUUCAAGUUUUUCCAAGCAUUCAUGAAGCCAUGAAGGGCAACAACCCUGCCUUCACCCGUGAAAUGGAAGAACGUACUGCUCAAUUUGUUAACAGUGCUCUUAGCACCCUACGUGGCAAGUACGAUGACUUCCUUGACGAAGAUGAUAGCCAUCAGGACAACGAUACGGACGAGUAG